GACUCAACGUAGUAAUCAUUCUCAGCAGCUAACAACUACUGAAAAAUGUCAGGACGUGGCAAAGGAGGAAAGGGGCUCGGCAAGGGAGGCGCUAAGCGUCACCGCAAAGUCCUCCGUGAUAACAUCCAGGGCAUCACCAAGCCCGCCAUCCGCCGUCUUGCUCGUCGCGGCGGUGUGAAGCGUAUCUCCGGUCUGAUUUACGAGGAGACCCGCGGUGUCCUCAAGGUGUUCCUGGAGAACGUGAUCCGUGACGCAGUCACCUAUACAGAGCACGCCAAGAGAAAGACCGUCACCGCCAUGGAUGUUGUCUACGCCCUGAAGAGGCAGGGCCGCACUCUGUACGGCUUCGGCGGUUAAACUACCUGACACGUGCUAACGACGAAACCAAAGGCUCUUUUCAGAGCCACUCACAUCCU